AUGAGUUCGGUAUCAGCGUAUUCGCGUAAUUUGAAUAAGAAUAUUCCAAGCUAUGAUCAUAUGAUCUCAUGGACUCGUGAGUCCGUGAAAUUAUAUGACACUAUUGGUAUUAAGAAUGCUAACAUUCCUACUGGUGAAGGAAUUAAAGAAAUUGUUUUUAAUAACCAAUCACGUUCAGCAGCAAUUUUCUUAAGUAAUGGCACUAAGAAUACUGAAAACUUGAACACACCUGGGGAUCUAGAUAGUGACAGGUUAUCGCAAGUCGAUAAGCUAAUAUCUGAUGCUCAUGCAAGUAAAAACGAUAUAUUUAAUUUGAAAGAAGGGGAAGAAGAUCAACAGACUGUAAAUGAUUAUUUUAAAAUUUCAAAAGAGAUGAAAAAUAAACAAAGAGAUAAUGUCGAUAAUAACUUUGAAGAAACUGAUAAAUUAUUAUCUGAUUCUCGUCAUCAAUCAAUUAAUGAGGAAGCCGAUGCCCUAUUACGUGAUUCUCAUUUGUCAACCAAUGUUGCUGUCAAUACUUUGCAAGUGCAAGCUGAAAAUAACGGAGAAUCGGUUGAAUCUAUGCUCCAUAAUCAGCCAUCAAUCAAUAUCGAGGAAGUUGAAUUAUUACCUGAUUCUUAUUCAUCAAUUAAUGUUGCUGUCAAUACUUCGCAAACAGUUAGCACUAAUAAUCACAUUUCUCUUGAAAAUGAAUACGCUACUGACAACCAAGAAUCAUUUAUACAACUGGACAGUUCUCAAAGUCCAAUUUCUCUUCAAGAUAAUAUUUCAGAUGAACAAAACAGUCUAAUUAUAACAAAACAUGAACCAAUCUCAACAGAUAAAUCUAAUAGGGAGCUAGUUAAUGAAGGUAGUUCUGAAAUAAGGAGAGUUAAGGGAAUGCCAAAAAAUUUCGCAUCUCAAGAUCUAGGCAAAAUAUCUGAAAUGUUUUCUCAGCCUAUCGACCAAUAUUUUAAAAAAGAAGUCUUUGAAGUAUCAAUGAAACCCGAACCAUUCCCAAAAAUAAUGGAAAUGGUUGAAAUAAAAUUAAAAGCAGAUUUUUUUCACAAUGCGUCUGAAGUUGAAUAUAACUUCCUCGUCAAAGAAUUAUUAGGGACUUCCAAAAUGUUAAAUUUAGAUGCUCCAAAGGUAGUCCUCAUUGCCAGAGAAAACUUUAUAAAGAUUUUAAGAGUUAUCGAACAGAAAGAAAAGGAAAUUGCAAUAGAUGACGAUGAGGAACCUAGUAAUUCAUCAACAGAAAUAGGCAUUCAUGAAAGUGUACAAAAUUCUAGCUUCGAUAUUGAGAAAGAUAGUACUUUACCAAUAAAUAAUCAAAUCUCUAAUGAUUCUGGUGAUCUCAUAUCUAUACCUUCAAGCCUUAGAGAAAAAAAAAACCAGUCUUCUAUUAUAUUUGAAAUCACUAAAAGAGAUGAGAUGCAAGGUUUGGAAACUAAUACUCAGGAAUCGAUACAACAUGCUGACACUCUUUCAGAUGAAUAUUCUAAUACUGAUGAAGAAAAUGAUGAGUUGAAUUUUGAUGCAGCUUUAACUUUAAUGCAUGAGGCAAAAGAAACAAGUAAAUUUACUGACUGGUAUCAGUUUAAGAUAAAUGCAAAGUUUAAAGCUGCAAAGAAAGAUGAACGAUUUAAUAAGAAUUCAUCAAGUAACAAAAAAGAAAAAGAACGAAUGGAAUACACAAUAUCUGAAUUGUCCGAUGCUGAUCCUGAUAAAUAUAAAUCAAUAUCAUCGAACACAAAUAUUGCUGCCGAAGAAUCGCAAGCAAGUGGUAGACUUCAAAAUUCUAAUAAGAUGAUGAACCUUUCACAAACUUCAAAUGAUCUAGAGUUUGGUGAAGAAAAUGAAUAUGAGCAUACUAAUACUAAUCAGGAUGUUGAUGUUAGAGAAGUGAACGUGUUUUCAAUUUCUUCAGAUUUGACAGAGGAUUCCUUAACUAGUGUCGAUGAAAUAUUGAAACUGUCUAUAACCCAAAGCGACAAUCCUAGUAAGAAAAUGAAUCCUGAUAUCAUUAAUGCUAAAAGCAUUGUAGAAAGCAAUAGAAAUAAUGUGUUUUCAAUUUCAUCAAUCAUUAACAAUCAACAAGAGAUAUACACUUCAAAUAUUAAUGAACAAAAUCUAUAG